AAACGUUCCCGUAAACAAUAACGACGCCGUCGUAUCGGUCCCGACGGUCGACACACGACACGGCCCGCUGCCGUUCAGCCGCCUGUCCGACGGACUUGACUGCUUCAGUGGUUAUAACAGCAGUCGUGCGGGUCGCAGUGCGGUACAGUAAUUGCGCGGCGGUGGAUCUGCCCACGUGGUGCGAACGGCGAUACUGUCCGGUCUUUGUCAACGGCCCUUUGCGUCCGUUCGAUAUUUUCCCGCGUUAACGUUUAAAAGACAAAUUAUAUACGAUAAAAAAAAAAAAUAGAAAAACCGACGCCCGAGUGAAACGUUACUGUAAAUAAAUCCGUCCGCCGUCGUCGUUGUUGUCGGACGAACGCGCUGCCGCUCGGUUCGGUUUUCGAGCGCGAACGCGCGUCGCAUGCAAUCUCUACGGGCCGCGUCAUCGUAACGAUAUUGCGCACGCCGUCGGCCGUGCCACCGACUGGUGGCCUUUACCGGGACCUUUGUCGGAUCGCGCGCGCGAUGCCCGGUUUUCGCGGGCCGCCGCCGCCUGUGCUCCGUCCGCGGCCGAGAAACCCGACCCGCGCGCGUGAUCGGUGUUUCGCGUCGUUCGGUGUUCGGUGCGUUUUUCUCCCCGUCGCCGUUUUCACGAACGUUGCGUUACCCGUCCGGAGGAGAAACGAAACGCGAUAGUAACACCCACCUGUCGUAUUUACGUUUAUGAUAAUACGCCGUCGCGCGCGCGCCUCCUCCGCCCGUAACCCGGAGGUGUACGGUAAUUAUUGCGGCGCGCUCGUUAAUAAAAUAUAGGAAAAAAAAAAAAAUAAAUAAAUAAUUGUACGAUAAAAAUACGGUUCUUCCCCGCCGUCUCUCCCGCUCCCGCUGGGCGGAUUGAACAGUCGAAUCGUUUUAUCGGACGUCCGAACGCUAAAAGAAAACGUUGAACGCGUAAUUAAUUAUUGCCCGCUGCACACCGCGCACACCUGACUGUAACAAACACUUGCCUACGGUCCAAGUACAUGUUUUUGUUUUUCUCUUCUGUCUAAAUGGCCGCGAACACGGACUCUGCGAAAGGUAAACGGACCGUCAACAACGUUGCGUACCGGGGGCCGGGAAUAAAAAAAAUAUAUCAUCGUAAUAACGGUGGAAAAAAUAAAAUAAAAUAAUAAUCAUUAUUGUUAUUCGUUUGUUCGGUUUAGAAGCGGUCGACCCGGCGAGCGGUCUGCUGGACCGACCCGUGCAUUUGGACAAGGCGAUCGAAAUGGUCGGUGAGUUAUUCCGAAUUGAAUAUUUAAAAUAACACGCGCCUGCGUAGCAGAUGGUAACAACAAACAAUAGUUAUAAUAAUAUCCGAACCGUAUACAGCAGUAUAUGCGUGUAAGUCCUAACCAGAGUUGACGUUUUCGGUACGACAUUUAUUGGCGACGAGCAUCACGACUGAAACUAUCGAGUUAUUGGUUCAUCGAACCUUUGACCAUAUUUAUGCCAACAAUUAAAACGUUUACUAAAUUAUGCAGUUAUGCAUCAGAUUUCUAUGCGAGAUGUGUUGUGUUACGCGUAGAUAAUUAUCAAAUAUGCGUGCCAAGUGUUUUAUAUGCCAUAUUCGCGCAAUAAAGUCCUAAAGUUACAUUUCAACGAGAAAUAAAAACACCCCCUUUUCCCCCGAAGAGAAAUCCUCGACCACGUCACUGAGCGGUUUAUCCGUGAUAGUAAAAUCAGGAAUGUUAGUCUACGUAAAAUUCAGCCGGAGAAAGGCCAAGACAAGACGAGCAACAGAAAAAAAAAAAAAAAAGGCCAUCGUAAUAGUUCUCGCCAUAGUUGUAAAAAAAACCGUCGACCACACACUUUUGACGGUCGAAAUUAUUCAGUUGUGCCCAUCGUUAUACGGAUGUAUUUAUUGUGCUUUGUCUAAAAUCGCGUAAUCACGCGAGCGUGUUUGUCGUCUCGGGCUGUUGUAAAUGUUAUUGUAACCAUACACACAGCAGCCUGCCCACAAUAUUCGCAAUGUCAUUCGCGUGGCGUAACGUUUUAUCCGUCGGAAUUUCUUAUUUCCCCACCGAUAUUAAACCGCGACAGAAAUACUUUUAACGUUACGAUAUGUUUUAGUGUUUCGUUUGUCCGAAAAGUUACUAUGAUGAAUGUUCACGCGAAAAAACGGGGGAUAAAGAUAAAAGAAAAAGCAAUACCGCGGUAUUUGCGUAACGGAACGAAAAUCGAGUGCGUCUCCAGUCUUCCUCGGCUAUGGGGGAAAGAGGGAAACAAUUAAAUUUACUACUAAUGACUGAUGAGGAAAAAAAUUAUGUCAAAUAACAAUUCUGGACCAACGACUAUGCCAAAUGCCAAUGCAAGUUCAUUUCACUUUUAUCGUCCUCCCCCCAUAAGGACGCUAUUGCAGCGGCCGAAAACAGUUUUCUUUUUCUUAUAGAUACAUUUAGCGAAGUGACUUGCACGUAAACUUUUUUCUAGAUUUGUACCAACAAAUUUAGAAAUACCUAUAGUUAGGAGGGGUAUUUCAAUGUGUUCGACGAAAAUUUCACGAAUGGAAGUCAUUUGAUUAGACAGGUAUCUUGUAUAGUCAGUGAUCGAAGUGGCUCGAAAAUAGUAGAGGGAUACGUAAAGUUGUAUACUAUUCUUAUAUUAUGACUUAUACACGUGGAUGUAAUUAGAGGUGGUGAUGAGCUGAACUCCUAUGGCCCUAUACCUUAUUUUUAUAAUGUAUACAUUUUUAUUUUUCGGUUUGAUGUUUGAUUUGUUGAUAUAUUUAAAUUUGUAUGUAUGUAUAAUUAUAUUUUUAUUUAAAUAUUUAUAUUUAUUUAAAACGUAAAACAUAUUUACCUAAAUAUAUAAUUUAUGCGCAUACGGUUUAUCAAUAGGUUCUAAUAGUAUGCAUUUUAUCGUUAUACAGUCGUCGGUACAAAAACAAAUUAAAAAACCAAACUAUUUAUCAAUUAGGUAGUCAUUACUAUAGUUUAUAGACCGUAAUGACAUAAUAUUAUACACGAACACCAAUACAAUGCGAUAAUCAUAAGGGGGAUGUAUUGUUUUGGACAAAAUAAAUGGAGGGAUGAAAAACGUGGAUUGUAAUAAGUGAUGUGAUGUCAUUCCGCCCGUAUUCCCCUCCCCACUCCUCUCACUUCGACCACUGACUAUAGUAAAUAAUAGACGUUAAAUCGUCAGAUGAUUAUUUUGCAGUCGUCAUCGCUUGCCAAUAAAUUUAUGCGAAUAAAAUAACGAUACGGCUUAUCAUACGAGCGUCUGUGCGCACUUCAAACGGCCAAUGUCAAAAGUUGUAGGCAUGUGUUGAGCGUCUGCCCAUUGAUAUUGCAAUUGCGCGGUAUGAUUUUAUGCGCGCGCUGUUUAUAACAUUAUCAUUUAAUACUUUUCUUAUCGUUUUCGAUUAAUUUUAUAUUUACAUUACCCAUCCGUAACAUGAAACGUAGCUACAGCACGUUUCACGAAACUAGCGACUCCGCAGUGGCGCUUCCGGUAGUAAAAUUUCGGUAUUUGGUUUUUCAAACUUGCACACAAUACGCGGCAAUUUGAAAUACUGCACGGUUUUUGAAAAAAUAUGAAUAAAAAUAAUUAUUUUAUUAUAAUAUACCAAAAUAUACAUUUUCUUUUGAUAUUUUAACAUUAAUAUUUACAAUAAUUAUAACACAUUUAAUAUUUUAACAUUUAUAUUUACAAUUGAAGUGAUUCAUCGUCGUCAUCCUCGCUUUCGCUGCUGUCUUCCGGGUUAAUUGUUAAAACUAUUGGCACUAAAAUCUGGUCCCUGAAUCCUUCUUUAAUAAAGUCUUCAUCAUGAAGACGUUCGCAAUGAUUAAUACAACGUUUCACAACAUUUUUAAAUUACCGCGCUUUUCGAGUCACACGUUUAGAAAACCCUCAUGAAAAUCUGCCACCGGAAGCGCCACUGCGGAGUCGCUAAUUUCGUGAAACGUAUUGUAAAUGCUAUUGAUGCUGAUAAUUGGUUUGAUUUAUAACAUGUUGCGUGCGCAAGGAGAGGGGAAAGGUUAGAGGUUAUAUCCCCACCAUUGGCUUUAAAAUACAACAAAAUAUGAGCGAUCCAAUAUCGAAAUAUUAAUUUCAGUCGAUUUCCGAGGAAAAACUUGAUGUAUUGAUUGGAAUUUGGCUUUUUUUUUAGGAUUUGGCUUUUAAAUUAUCAAUUCCCAUACCUAGUCGAGCUGGGUAGAGAAGACGAUUUUACUCUUUGUUCACGAUUUGUAUUUGUUACAUCCCCUCCUAUUGAAAAUUCCUGGGCACGCCACUGGUUGUGUGGUAGCUUGGUGUUUAAUAAUAUUACAUACAUAAAUAUUUAAUUGGUUCAAACUUUUGAUGCAGUAAAAUAUCCAAUCAUCGAUAACGAUUGAAACUUUGAAGAGUAUAUUCGUACAAUUAUUUUAGAUUCUGAACGGAGUGUGCCAAUAUUGGUUUUACAAUGAUAAUUUAUUUUUAUGAACAAAUUUUCUAUUAAAAAUUGAUAAUUGGAAGGAAAUAAGAAAAUGCGCUCCGGUUUUUAAGUGUAGUACUUUUUCUGAAAGAAAAUUUUACUGGGAUGGUACUUUUUUUGAUUUUUCCAUGGGUUUUCGUAAUAAAUAGGAAAAAACGAGAAAAUGUACGAAACGUACCUAUUCUAUUCUAAUCGUAAAUAUUACGGUUUUUUAAAACAUGUAAAACCGGAUUUCGCUCAGAAUAGUUUUUUCUUAGCAAUUGAUUAGUUCGUAUCUUAUUAUUUUUCUUUCCUCAUUUUAAACGAAACGCUUUGUUUACCGUUGACAUUUAUAAUUGUCAUCGCCCGAAGGUCGACAAAAACAAUAAAUAACUUUGUUAGUAAAGUUGGUAAAAAUCGAUGGGGGAUGUGAAAUUUGCCGAAUCCUAAUACCGAAAUUUACCGACUUCCACAAAGGUUUCCUUGCAGUUUACACCUCCUAUAUCACCGCGGAAUCUGUACAUGUGGUAACCGAUUUAUCAUAUGAUUAAUUUCGCGGUAAAUAAAGGAACAGACCCACGGUCGUUUAUAAGACUGCGAACAGGACAUAAACUUGUGAUAGUAGAGAUAAGAUAAGACAAGUUAUUAUUUUGAAGAAAUAACAAAAAUAAUAAUUGUCGUUUAAUAUUAUAUACGUUUUAAUUUUUACUAGGUACCUACUGAAUAAUUAUGAACUUCAAUGAAUAUUGUAAUAUAAAAAUUAUAAUACCAAAGUAGUUUGUGUUUUCCUGGUUUCACUAACAUGACGUGUUGCAUUCUUAAUUUUAAUAUCCGAAAUGUAGUAGGCGAGAUAAAUGUUACCAGUUUUCUAAGUGACAGUAAAUAAUAUAAAUUAUGUAACAACUUUCUUACUGGCAUUUACUUUAUAGCCGUAGAUUUAAAACCAACAAAAUACCAUAUUAUGUCGUCAAAUUAUUGGAAAAUGCACGAGUAGUUAAUAAUUUAAUCAUUUUUAUUUCUAACGAAGUGAAAUAUUGUCUGUAAUGACGAUGAUUGUGGCACAGAAUAUAAUAUGGUGUAAAACUGCUAUUCUUAAUCAUUUCCCAUUGGUGAUUUUUCGGAUUUUAUAAUCUCGAUAGUAAAUUCAUAAAUGGAUUCGUCCAAUUUAUACAAGUAAAUUAUUUUGUAAUCAAAUUAAGUCUUAAGUUUAGUUUAGUAUCCAUGUUCAUUUUAAAAAGUGUGCCUAAAAGAUAAUGAAUCUGAAAGUUUUUGAAAAAUGUUCGCAAUUUUUUGUUUUGGAUGCUAGAUAAUCACCCUGUUAAAUAUAAUCAAAGAUUUGAUUUUUUGAGGUAAAAGUAUAAAUUAGUGAUUGUUGGAAAGUUUGUGCGAAUAAUUACAAUUCAAAGCAGUUUCAAGACUUAUUCAGUUUGUUGGUAAAAAUUUGGAGGUACUGAAUAAUUCUUAAACCGGUUUUAAAGGUGAUUUUGUUGCAUAUUUCAACCGGUGUUUUUGUUUUAUUUUUAAAUUAAAUAAGACAAUUAUUAUUAUUAUUAUUUUAUACACUAAAAUUCAUCGCCUCAAAUACACUGAAAAAAUGUUUAAAAAAUAGGCAUGGGUAUUAAACUGCACUUUUACCCAUAAUAAUUAUUAUAUAAUAUGUUACUAACAAUAUAAUAAAGUUUAAAAUAAUAAUUAGCUGCUUUAGUCAUAUAAAAACACACUUACCUAUAUUAAAUGAAUUAUUAACAUGUAUAAUUUUUUUUCACAAUCAGGAUUUGGAAAAUUUCAUUACUACUUGUUAUUCAUUUGUGGAUCAAUGUAUACAGCAAUUGCUUUUAGUGUAACAUCAGUGUCUUUUAUUAUACCUUCAGCUCAAUGUGAUUUUCAAAUGAAUUCUACCCGUAAAGGCUUAUUGAAUGGAAUUAUGAUGAUUGGUAAACUAUUAAUUUUCAAUUACAUAAAUAGGUUAUUUCAUACAUUUAUUUUUAUUUUUAGGAAUGUUAGUUGGAUCUCUUAUUUGGGGUUAUGUGGCAGAUUCCAAGGGACGAAGAUUUACAUUGAUUAUCAGUAUGCUGAUGGACGGUUUCUUUAACCUAUUAUCGAGUGUGUCUCAGGUUUAUCCAGUGUUUUUAGUUUGCCGGCUUAUAAGUGGAUUUGGGUAAAACAUUAAAUAUUCCUAUACAAAUUGUCAUCUUUUAUACGAACAAAUUGUUUGAUUGUUUACAGAGUGUCCAGUACAUCAAUACUCUUCUCGUACCUCGUGGAGUUCCUUAAUCUUAAAUAUCGCGAAAAAUUUCUGGCUUGGAUGGAAAUGUUUUGGACAAGUGGCUUAAUAUUACUUCCAGGUAAGCAUUAUGGUUAUUUAUUUUUUUUAUUUAAGUCUUCAAUGUAAGUUUAAAAUAUAUUACAUACCUAAUUAACAGUUUUUAUUUGAUCAUUUUUGAUUUGAUUAAAUUAUUUAUGUGUAUUAACAAUUAUUAUCUAUAUUUUAAAUAAUCAAUCAUAGCAAAUUUAAAAAAUAAUGCAUUUUUUAUUUCAGGUGUUGCAUGGGUAGUUAUACCACAUACAUUUCAGAUUAAAAAUGAUUAUUUUUUAUUUAAAUCAUGGAAUCUUUUUAUAAUUAUGUGCUCACUACCAAGUAUAAUAUUGGCAUGUUUGGUGAUGAUGUUACCAGAAAGUCCGAAAUUUUUAAUUGCUCAGGGUAAACAUGAUGAGACUCUUGAUUGUCUAAAAUUUGUGUAUAGAUGGAAUAACAAAAAAGAUACUGAAUUCCCUGUAAGUUUUCCAUGGUAAAAACUUUUGUACAGAAUUGAAUGCAAUUUAUUUGGAUUUUAUUGAAUCUCACUCUUUUGUUUGUUUUAGGUUACUUCUGUAAUUAUACCAGAUUUUAUUGACAAACAAAAUAAUAAUUUUUUUAUUGGACUUUUUAAUAGUGCAAUUGAGUUGUUCACAUCGAAAUUCAAAAAUAUAGCUAUUAUUACUUCCAUUAUACACUUUUGUGCUACUACCAGGUAACAGUUGGACAAGUGAUUAUGGGUAAUUAUUAUUAACAUCUUCUGAAUUGUAUUAAUUUUUUAUUAUAUAUUUAUAAAUACAUAUUUAUAGUUACUACAUGCUAAUACUGUGGUUCCCAGAAUUGAUGAAUAGAUUUCGGUGGUAUGAAACUCUUCACUCAGAAAACCAAAAUAGUACAACUAUGUGUGAAAUUGUAUCUAUGUUUAAAAUCGAACCUGAAGUAAAAGAUGCUAAGUGUGAUGAUCAUAUUGAUGAGUCUGUAUACAUGAAUAUCAUCAUUAUCGGUUUCGCUUGCAUACCUACAAGUCUCAUUGUGCCGUUGUUUGUUAAUAAACUUGGACUCAGAUUUUUUACAGGUUCAUUUUUCACAUAUUAUGCAGUUUUAAUACUUUAUAAGUGUUCUUAGAUUUGAUUAAUAUAAUAAUAUAUAUAUAAUGCCUGUCCUAUACAGCAAAAAUGAAUAAAUCAAUAAAUUAAAACAUUGUAAUAUAAUAUUUUGUUGAAUUCAUCAACAAGUAAAAUCAUGUUAUAUAUUCUGCAAUAUGUAAUUUAAAAACUAUUUUAAAUAACUACUUUUACUAUAAUUGUAAAUUCCUAUUCUAUUUUUUUUUUUUUAGUAUUCAGUUUCUUGGGAUCUGGUAUAUCUGCUGCUUGGCUGUAUUUCAUUACUUCUUCAAUAGAAAAUCUUGUAUUAUCUUCUAUAUUUGAAGCUUUUUCCAGUAUUGGUAUUAGUCUAUUGUAUUGUAUUACUGUUGAGUUAUUCCCAACAGAAUACAGGUAAAAUACUUAAGUAAUUAUAUUUAAUAUAACAUCGGUAUCUUUAAUAUUUUUUUAUUUUUAGAGGAAUGGCUGCAUCUAUUGGUACUAUGUUUGGUAAAGUUGGUGCACUUAUGGGCAAUAUCCUUAUAGGAGUUUUUAUUGAUGUCCACUGUAUAGUUCCCAUUAUUGUUUCGUGUUCAUUUUUAAUAAGUGAGUAUUUAUUAUAUUUGUAUAACAUUAAUAAUAAUCAGGCCUGGAUUAAGACCCAUGAUACCCAUUAGCUGUAAUCAGUUUUAUGCUCCUACUAUUUUAUUAGCCUUUUGUAAAUAUGUUUUGGUAAUACUAUUAAAUAUAUUGCACCUAAUUUUUUUAAAUUUCCAAUCAAUACCCCUAAUAACACAACCUAAAUUUACAAUAACAUUAUAUUUUGGACUUAUUAUGUUAGCCAUAUUAUGAGUAUACAAAUAAGAAAAAACAAAAAUGAAAAAAGUUAGAUGGAAUGUAUUUUAAAUUAUGUAACAAAAUAAUUAUUGACCAUUAUUUACACUUAACUUUUAAAUAAAGUAAAUAAAUAUAAAAUUAAAACAAAUAAAUGAAUCAGUGUUGCCUGGAGUAUUAUGAUAAUUGUAUUAUACUACUGGUUUCAAAUUAAAUAUUCAUCAUCAAGUAUAUCACAGUCAAAAUUUAAAAGGCAACUGAAUAUAAAAAAUUAAUUGAAGGAAUACUUAGAAAAAAAAAAUUUAUAAAUUGGUCAUUUUACAUAGAAUAUAGAAAUAAUUUAUUUUAAUACGAGAGAUUAUUUAAAAUUAGUCAUUAUUAAACAUAGAUAUGUUAAAAAAUAUAAAUUAUUUGAUUAUUAUUUAUUAUCUAAAAUGUAUUGAUAUAAGAUAUUAUUUUUAAAAUCGGUUUAAAUAUUUAAAAUAUUAUUAAAAUUAUUUUUCUUUAUUUCAUUGUGUAUGUGUAAUUUUUUUUAAACUCAAUUAAUGUAAAUGUUAUUGUCAGUAUUUAAUAUUUCUAAGUUUGUAUUAAUAUCAAAACGUAUAUUAUGGUUAUUUUCUAAAACAUGUUUAGCGAAAUUUUAAUUAGGGGUAGUCUUUUUUAAUUUUAUUUCUGAAAUGUGUUCUUUAUAUCUUAUUUUAAAAUUUCUAUUUGUCUUACCUAUAUAUAAUUUAUUACAGUUACAUUUAAGUUUAUAUAUUCCAGUAUUUUCAAAAGAAGGGGGAUUUUUUAUGAAGUUUUUUGUUUUAUUGUUUAUAUGUUUGAUUAAAUUAUUAUUAGUCUUAAAAUCAAUUUUUACAUUAUUUGUAUUAUUGUUCAGAAUUUCAGCGAAUUCGUUAGACAUAUUAUUUUGAUAAUCCAUACUUUAAUGGUUAACAACAUUAUUUGGUGAAUUGGAUUUUUUUUUUUUUUUUAAAUGUUUAUGCAUUUUUUCUAAUAGUAGUUAAAUUGAAAUUAUUUCUAUAGGCUAUAUUAUAGUAUAUAGUUAUAUUGUAUGUAUCAUGUAAUGUAUUUUUCUUUUGCUUGCCUUUUUAUGGGCAAAUGUGUUGAAUAUAGAUACUUGACAGUAUUAUUAAAAUUGAAUUGUUUGACUAAUUCUGCUUCAAUACUAAAUAUUGCUAAUGCAUUCAUUCUUUCCUCCUUUGUGGUUAACCUCAAAGAAAAUUUUACUCUUUUAAUAACAGAAAAGCCUUCUUGCCUAGCAGUUUGAAACUCUUAUACUUAAUACUAAUAUACAUUACAUAUGCAUAAUUAUUAAUACAUCUGAAAACAUAUUAUACCUGCUCUAGUUCUAAAUUCUUUGACUUUUAUCCAUAAAAAACAUAAUUAAUAAAAUAUGUUGGCUUUAUUAGUAUUUCUCACAAUAACAGAACUUGGUGUUUUAUACAAUUUUAAUACAAAUACCCUAUUAUAUCGAUUAUUUUUUUCGAUAACUUGUCUUGCCAAGUUGAUAUUCAAGAGAAUCAAUAAUCACAUAUUAAAAUACAUUUAUUAAUAUGAUCAAUUUUCAUUGUGAUUUCUUGUUGAAGCUGAGCACUUAAAAUGGUGAUGUGCUUUCCAUAUAUAAUAUUUAAACCUAAAGCAGCUGUGCCACAUCAUAGCGCAUAGGUUUACAUGAAUAAACUGUUAACUGAAUUUCAAAUUAUACAGCAGUAUAAUUAUUUCACUUUUUUUCACAAGUUAAAAUUCUAUCUACUAAAGUUUUAUGUACGAAUUUAAUCUAUUAAUACCAUAAACUCUUACUUGUACUCUUGUAUUUCCUUAAAAAAAAAAAUAAAAAUGUAUAUUUAAUUACUUAAUAAAAAUAACAUUGUAGAUGAAACUUUUAAUUCCGUGGUUAUGUAAGUUAUAGCCUACACUGCUUACAUAUUAAUCCGGGCCUGAUAGCAAUACUCAAUGUUUUGUUUGAACUUUUAUAAAAAUCAAUAUUGUUUUAUUUAUUUUGUUGUUUAAUUUAUAAUUUAGUUUCAGCAUUGUUAGUAUUGGUAUUACCAAAAACACGAAAAACAAAUAUAAUACGUGAUGGAGUACGUUAAAUUUCUAUACCAGAAUCAAUUAUUGUAUUUUUCACCUAAGUAUAAUUAAAUUUUGAAUUUUGUGAAAAUGUAUGCAUUUAAAUCUAUUUUAUUAUGUAAUUAUGUAUUUCCCAUAGCUCAUUUGUUCAUUUAGGUUGGUUAUUUAUUUUUAUUAUGACCAAAAUGAAAAUAUAUCUUGAAUUUUUUGAUAAAUACAUUUUGUAUACAUAUAAUAAUAGGGUUCUGAAACAAUAUUUUUUUUUAUUAAAUUAAAAAACUUUAGAAUGUAUCUGGAUAUCAAAAGUUACUUUCAAAACUGCGACAUAUUCAGAAUUUUAACCGGCCCUAGAGAAUUUCAUUUUACGGCACAAUUAUUUAUUUUAUAUAUCUGUGAACAGGACACAUUUAACCACCUUAUUAUAGACAAUCAUAUAAUCUGAUUUUAAAUUGUUUUUUCUCCUCAUUAUUAAAGACAUAUGCACAAUAAUCAUGUAGGGAAUAAAAAAUAUUCUUAUCAAAAACUAAUAUUUUUAAAAAUAAAAAAGAACAAUUUUAAGUAUAAAAUUAAUUUUAUGAUGUUGGGGCCAGUUAGUCAUGACCGGGCCCACUGGGAAACUUUCCGCCCUCCUGGUGGCACAAUCCGCCACUGCUUGAAAAUUGCUGAUAUCAAUAUAUUGAUAAUGUUGCAGACCCUCAAUGAAUAUUAUAUGUAACUAUCAAAUAAUUUAAUAAAUAAUUAUUGUAAACAUUUAUUUCCAUAUUAGUAGAAAUUUAUUAUAAUUAACUUAUCUAUUAAGUAUAUAAUAUAUUUAUUAAAUUAGUAUUGUAUUAAAAUUUAAUCAGUAACGUGAGGUGUGUUAUAUAUUCAUAUUGACCAAAGUAGCAGUCUGUAAUUGCCACUUUGAAGUCAUCUGUGAAAAUUACUGCUACUGUUAUUUCAUAUCAUUACUAAUAAUUGUACUGAAUGGAUCAAUAUUUCCUUAUGAACAUUACCUUUGAAAUUUAGGUUGUAUGACAUACUAUACAUUACUAUUUAUGUUAAGUACUUAAUCUAUAUUAUCAGCUCUGGGUAAAAUAAAAAAUAAGUUUUACAGUUUACGUAUAGCCCACAUUCACAUUAUUUUUGAAUUUAAAUUUGAUUACUAUAAUUUUUAGUAAAUUUAUAUUUGUUUGUUUACUUAUUAAAUUUUUCUUAUCAAUCAUCAAUUUUAUAAGGAUAUUAAUUUUAAUUGUUUUUAUAUACAGUGUUUUUUUUUAAAAUCUAAUAUCUUUUUUAUUUUUAUUAUAAGUGUUAUAAAAUAAUGUAUCCAAAAUGACCUAUUCUUCACAUUUGUUAAAUACUCACUAUUAUAAAUGAAUUAUUUAAUAUAUGUUAGAAAAAAAAAAAAUGAAAUAUUAUAUUAAUACAUAAUUAAAAAUAGUCAAUCAAAAGCAUAAUAAUAAUUUUUUAUAAGAGUCAAAUUAUGUAUUGCUAUUUAUUUUAAAUGCGGC